AUGCACUAUGGUAGGCCAAGGCCAAUAGUCCAUUUGAAUGUCAAAUCAUCAAAUAUAUUUUUGGAUGAGUCCUGGACUGCCAAAUUAUCAAAUUUUGGUUUUUCAGUUUCAAUUGCACCUGGAGAAGACUUUUUUCAGAGUAGUUCCAUUGAGGGAACCAUUGGAUACAUAGACCCAGAAUAUCUAAAAACACUACGUGUCACGGAAAAGUGUGAUGUUUAUGGCUUUGGGGUUGUACUGGUGGAAGUCUUAACAGGUGAUUAUCCCACAAACACUUUCCUAGGGCAUAUGAAUUUGGUAGAUUACUUUGUUUUGUCAAUGGAAGAGAAUUGCAUAUUGCAAAUUAUUGAUGAUGUGGUGCUAAGGCAAGGAAGCAAUGAAGAUAUUCAAGCAUUCGCUGAGCUUGCAUUGAGAUGCAUCAAGAAGAAGGGAGAUGAGAGGCCAGCCAUGAGAGAAGUAACACUAGAGCUUAGGCGGAUACAACAUCUCAUAUGGUCAAAACAAAAUAAUGAAACUAGUUCAGCUCAAACACCCUUUUAA